UUACAAAACAAUGAUGUGAUGUGCGAAAAUAAUAAACUUCUUAAAUUGUGUGGCACAUAAAAUCAAAUAUCUUAACUAGACCAGCAUGAUAAUAAGGAAUUAAUUUACUUGUUCUAAAUAAAUAUGAUUCGUUUAACUGGACUUAAAAUAUUACCGCACGAAGUUGCGGUGAUUCGUAGCUGUAAGAAUAUUUUGUUUAAAAAUAUCAGUCGAGGGCCGCUUUCGCAAUUUCUUCGCAUGUCCACAUUGUCGGACUCUCAACAUAAAUAUGAUCCAUUAACCAAUAAUGCACCUACUGCUAUAAAGGAGGUACGAUUGCCACUAACAGAAACAUCGCAAAGUAAAAAAUCUACUGAAGAAGACACAAUUUGUGUACAAACGCCAAAUAAUGAUCUUAGGAGCUUAAUUAGUCAUUAUAAAGGUUUAUCAAAGUUUCGAUUAACAUCGCUUGUUGUAUUGACCGCAGUGGGGGGUUACGCUAUGGCACCUAUGCCAUUUGAUAUAACAUCAUUUUUAUUAUGCACAUUAGGUACAGGACUUUUAUCGGCAGGGGCAAAUUCAAUAAAUCAGUAUCACGAAGUACCUUUUGAUGCCCAAAUGGCAAGAACAAAACAUCGCGUUCUUGUCACUGGAAAAGUAACUCGUUUGCAUGCAGUAGGCUUUGCCAUCACCUGCGCAUCAAUGGGCCUUAGUAUGCUCUAUUUUGGUGUAAACGGGCUCACUGCCGCGUUAGGGUUAAGUAAUUUUAUAUUGUAUACAUCCAUAUAUACACCAAUGAAACGGACAAGUAUUUUGAAUACAUGGGUAGGCUCAGUAGUUGGUGCUAUUCCUCCCUUAAUGGGUUGGGCCGCAUGUACUGGAACUUUAGAUAGUGGUGCUUGGAUUUUAGCAGGUCUUCUGUAUGCAUGGCAAUUCCCACAUUUCAACGCGUUGUCUUGGAAUCUUCGUCCAGACUAUAAACGGGCAGGAUAUCGUAUGAUGGCUGUUUCACAUCCGGGUUUAUGCAGACGAACAGCUUUAAGAUACACAUUUGUAAUUGCUGGCUUAUCUAUGGUUGCGCCACUUUGCGACUUAACAAACAAUUGGUUUGCCUUGGAGACAUUACCUCUUAAUAUAUAUUUUAUUUAUUUAGCGUACAAAUUUUACCAAAAGUCUGACAGUGGUACUUCGCGUAAGUUAUUUCGAUUUUCGCUCGUCCACCUGCCUGCAUUGAUGUUGUUAUUACUAUUUAAUAAAAAAGAGUGGUUCAUUUCUAAAGAAUCAAAACUAUCUUCUACUGACGAUACUACACAAAUAGAUAAAGUCGCCAUACCAGAGUCUUUUAAACUAGCUGAAAAAAAGGAUACCUUACUACAGGUUUUAGUGCCGCCUAACAGGCAACAUAUUGUACCUGCAGCAAUCACAACAAAUUCCGAAACUUGAUACAUUUAAAGAAUUGGAUAUAUUACAUGUUGUUAAGAAAAUGUUAAAUGUAUGUAAAUAAUUUCUAAAUAAGACAACUUAUUGUUUAUAAUUAUUUUGUAUUAUUUAGAAAAAAUAAAAGCAAUUUAAUAUUUAA